CUUUACAAAAUAGAUACUUAAUUAAUUAAUUUGUGUGUUCUCGUAUAAGCUUCCCAAGUCCUUAACGAUCAUCGUCAAAAGCUUCACACGAUGUCGUUCGAGGAGGAAGAGAAGGAGGAGGAAGAGACAUUCGAGCACACACUCCUCGUGGUGCGCGAGGUCUCCGUCUACAAGAUCCCGCCGCGAACCACAUCCGGCGGAUAUAAGUGCGGCGAAUGGCUCCAGUCCGAUAAGAUCUGGUCCGGCAGGCUCCGCGUCGUGUCGUGCAAGGACCGAUGCGAGAUCCGCCUCGAGGAUUCGAACUCCGGCGAUCUCUUCGCGGCUUGCUUCGUCGAUCCCGGGAGGAGAGAGAACUCGGUGGAGCCGUCGCUCGAUUCGUCUAGGUAUUUUGUGCUCAGGAUCGACGACGGGCGCGGGAAGUACGCGUUCAUCGGGCUGGGGUUCGCGGAGAGGAACGAGGCGUUUGAUUUCAAUGUGGCGUUGUCGGAUCAUGAGAAGUACGUGAGGAGGGAGAAGGAGAAGGAGAGUGGUGAAACGAGUGAGAGUGACGAUCACAUUGAUAUCCAUCCUGCUGUUAAUCACAGAUUAAAGGAAGGUGAAACCAUAAGAAUCAACGUAAAGCCAAAACCUACCACAAAUGGCACUGGGAUGCUCUCAGCCGCUCUUUCAGGAAACGGGAAGCCUCUAGCACUUGCUCCACCACCAACUGCUGCUACCAAAACCAGGUCUCCUCUACCGCCUCCUCCAAAUGAUCCUGUCACUUCAAGGAUUGCAUCCGACAGUUCAACGGGUAACACAAGGCGUAGGAACGAUCCUCUGUCUGAUCUAUCUCAACUCAAGAAGAAUCUUCCUCCAACUCAAGGAUCAGGGCCGACCAAGUCAACAGGAGCUGCAUCAGGUUGGGCAGCUUUCUGAUCACACGUGAAAUUUAAGGUCUUGGACUCGUCCGGCUUCACCUUCUUGUGACUUGAGAGCAAGAGACAUUAGAGGCAGAGACACUAGAUACCAAGGCAAACAGCGAUAUGAGCUUUUUACAUUUAUAAUGUAUGGUACUGGUAAAUUGAUGUGUGUUUCCUUGUAAUCCCAACACUUCGUGUUGUAAUAUUUUUUUCAUUUUUCAAAUCAUCUUUGUUACAUCUGCUU